AUGGAAUGCUUUCGGCAAAUUUUCCGGUGCCUAAAGGCACCUCUCAGACGCGACAAGGGAAGGAUUAUUGAAAUUGGUCCUCCCACUGACUUCCGAAAAGAAGAAUUGCCUGCUUAUUUUUCCGAUGCCGAGUCAGUUCUCUCGCCCAGCCAAAAUCCGACAGAACGCUCACAUCUGACCAAUCAAUCACAGGACGCUCACGUCCCAGGACAGCCGCACAGCGACCGUGGAGAAAGACGGCACGAUGAUCGAAAUGGUAGCUCUACCAUCGUCGACGAAGAGCAAGGUGCGGGCCCAUGUCCGAAGGAUGAGCGUGAAAUUGUCAUCCGCCUCCGAGAGCGCGUGAAGUUACCCCGAUGGUGGAAGUCGAGCCCAGCUGCAGGUCACGAAACUGAGGCCUUGGCCGAAUCGAUCAAGAUGAAGGAAAUGCGAAGUACCGAACUGGAGGGUUGA